AUGUUUUCACUAACCUUUGCAAUACUACUAACCCAUGCUGCGCAAAGUGCUGGUUCUCGAUUCAUUGAACAGCACACUGUGCCUUUAUCGUCGAAUGAGUUAGAAGAAGCGAGCGACAUAGACAUUUUCAGGCUUUUGGACAUCAUACUUGGCAAUAUGAAAGUCCGACGAGAAGCUACUAACGAAAAAUAUAUCUCAGAACACAUUAAUGAUGGGAACCCGGAUGGAUACCUCUCGUUGACGGAACCGAGUCACCAAUACAACAUUAUCAGUAAAAAGGGUGACCACAGCAAUAAGGAUGGUUUUAUAUUCGGAGACGAUGACCGUAUUAGGGUAUCCGUUUCGAAGCAACGACGUGUGCCGUAUAGCAACAUAGUUCGAUUGUCCGUGGGUUGUAGCGGCAUGUUGGUGACACCAAGCCAUGUACUGACAGCAGCACACUGUGUACACGACGGCUCUAACUUAGUUGUGAGUAAAAACAGAAUCAAAAUUGAAGUGCCUUAUAUGUUCAAGUUUAGUCUUUUCCACGUGGCAAAUGUUAAGCUACCUCGAGGUUGGUUGCUAGGGGACAGUAUGAGUAACAUUGAACGUUCCAUAUAUGACUACGCUGUUCUUACUCUCACGAGGAAAGUAACGGGACACGAUCAGUUUCCUGACAUCCAACACAGCUGGUUUUCAAAAGCAGGAAUCAUUCAUUUCGUGGGAUACCCUUCCGAUAAGCCAAGUUCUCAGAUGUGGCAAUCCUCUUGCGUUGUCUCCAAAGACCUUAUCGGAUUGCACGGCAAUCUGAUGCUCACACGAUGCGACUCUGCCCCGGGCAGCUCAGGUUCCCCAGCGUUUAACUUCAACUCGCGAGGUGGGAGACCCCAGCUCAUUGGGAUCGUUUCUAAUUCCUUCAGCAUCAAGACACGGGAUGGCGGUGAAAUGAGAUACAAUGUCAUCAAUCGCAUUAACGAUAUGAAACUUCGGGACAUAUGCACAAUGAUCGAGCCAUACGUAGACAUGUUAUACGAUUGCAGGGGAAGACACAGUGCGAGGCAGGGGAGAGAACGGCGACACAGACGUGGGCAAGCAAAACGGGUUGCAUGA